GAUGCCACCUCCUCGUUGCUCUGUGCCCCUGCUGAAUGCUUUCAGGUACACUCAAUUGGCCUCCCAGAAUACCCGUCGAUAUGCUCUGUUAUUCAUUAGGAGCUGUUCCUGCUCGGCUUCUAGGAACUUGCAGAACUCGGUAAACCUUUCCGCUGCGGACAGAAAUCUACAGCUUAAUCCAACGACGCUCAACUCACCCACUCGUCCAAUCGAUCAUCGGACCCUCGCGCAGACUCAUGGCCUCUUUAUGACAUCCCCAUACAGCCCGGGAUCGCCCCUUCUCCUUCCCAAUGGCGCAUACAUUUUCCAGAAGCUCCAAUCGUUCCUUCGCGCGCAGUACCCGCAAUUUGGAUUCCAAGAGGUUAUCACGCCAACAAUAUACAAAAAGUCGUUAUGGGAGAAAUCUGGACACUGGGAAAACUAUGCGGAAGAUAUGUUCAGUGUGCAGGGUCGAGGUGCUACAGGGCAGACGGAGGAUGCGGAUAUGGGACAAGAUGAAGAGUUCGGGCUGAAACCUAUGAACUGCCCAGGGCAUUGUUUACUAUUCCGAGAUGAGGUAAGGAGCUACAGGGAUCUUCCGAUUCGGUAUGCGGAUUUUAGCGCGCUGCAUCGGAAUGAGAUAUCAGGCGCUUUGACUGGGUUGACGAGGGUGAGGAGGUUCCAUCAGGAUGAUGCCCAUAUUUUCUGUCGGCCUGACCAGAUCUUGGGAGAGAUUGAACAGACACUAAUGUUUGUUGGGAUGGUGUACGACACUUUCGGCCUCGGCCCGUACAAGCUUCUCCUAUCUACCCGACCGAAGGAUCACUUCAUCGGCACCAUCGAAGAAUGGGACCGUGCGGAAGAGCAGCUGACUUCCGCUCUAAACAACAGUGGAAGGGAAUGGGCUCUUAAUGAAGGAGAUGGUGCUUUCUAUGGACCUAAGAUCGAUAUCAUUCUUAAGGACUCAAACGGCAAAGAACAUCAAACCGCGACCAUCCAGCUGGAUUUCCAGCUACCGCAACGCUUCGACUUACAGUAUCAAGCUUCUCCAGAAGAGCUAGAGUCAGAAGUUGCAUCAUCUAGUGUAGAUGGGCUAGACCCAGCGAAUCGUCGACCUGUAAUCGUACACCGGGCCAUAUAUGGCUCCUUGGAGCGCUUCAUGGCCCUUCUAAUUGAGCACUACGCCGGCAAAUACCCCUUCUGGCUUUCUCCGCGGCCUGCGAUAAUUCUUUCUCUCAAUCAAGAUCCUGAUCUUCUCAAGCAUGUCUCGCAUCUUCAAUCCCUGCUCUCUGGACUCAAGACCCCGCAGACGAAAGUCGACGCAAGUCCGAAACCAGCCCCUCAGUCACUUUCCACAGUCCAUUUGCCCAUUGAUAUCGAUACAUCCGCUCGGGCCUUGGGCAAGAAGAUCGCCGAAGCGCAGAAGAGGAAGUACAACCAUAUCAUUGUUGUUGGUCCAAGCGAAGUACAGAACGGAAGGCUAAGACUAGAAAUUGCAAGCCAGCCGGGUUUAACCGCGACGAGAGAAGCCCUAGUUAGUGCACUCGGCCGUGAUCUCUCUGAGAGCGAGACAAAGAGGAAAAUCGCGGUCAACGUUGAUGCUAAAGAAGGUAGAGCGUACUUUGAAGAACUAUACGAUCUAAAACUGUUUUUCACACGCAAUCACUUGCGCUGGUCUCUUGUGAAAAGGAUCGGCUGCACGGAGCACUCGGUACAUUAUAUCUCCACCCACGAACCUCUGACAAGCCAUCACUUCACCUCGCAUCCAGCCAACGAUUCCGUUGUUAGACAUGACAAUGGCUCCAACCGAAGAGGCAACGAGGCAACGAAGGCUCCCAGGCCAGUUCGACCACCGGUCGACAUUCUGACGUGCUCCUUCUCGUCUUUCGUUUCACUCAUUCUCAAAGCAUACGUUUUCGCCGACUCGCCAGGCAUUCCCGAAUUUGCUAAUACCGCCAUCAAUUUUCUUUUCCAGAAGAUGGCGGAAUGUCCUAACUCCGUCAUCUUUCAACUGCUAGGAACCAUCACACUUUUUUUGUCAGAGAGUUGGCAUGAUUCGCAUUCGGCAAUCCUAGGAUGGUGCAGUAGGUAA